CAAGGUUGGAAACCCUUCUUUACGUGAUAGGGAGCCACUGAUGGUUUUGUGCUGGGAAAUGACAUGGCAAAAAUGAUGACUUAAAAAAGAUAAUUUGUGCCUUUCCAAGACAGACUAGCUGAGGUGGGGUGGAAAAGACUAGUGAGGGAGACCAAGGAAGACCCUACUGAAACACAUUUUCCCAGGCUAAGAAUUUUCCAUCAUCUCCAAAUCUGAGGCCCGUGUGAUUGCUAUGAUUUUAUAAAAAAGAUCAAAUGCCUUUAAAGAACAGAAAAUGUCAUGUGCUUAUUUUGUGUCUGAAAGCAUCCUUCCCCUUUCAGAUUGAUGAUAUUGUUCUCCUGUCUUUAUCUCCCCAUAUCUGCCUGCUUUACUCCCAAGCCUGUGUCUUUGACCAUCUGCCCUCUGUGAUAAGGAAAUCACUUUAAAAGACUGAUAUAUAUUAAUUUAAGGUCGCCAAGGAAUUCAGCUAUGUAAUUCCUAAAUGAGAACUCAAGUCAGCAGUCAAUCUUUUAUGGAGUUUAAUUACAAUAGGAGGAAGAAAGGAAUUAGAGAUAGAGAGAGAGAAAAGGGAGAGAAGGGAAUAGGGCUUAAAUACCCCUUCUGUUUAGGCUGGGCCAAAAGGCCCAAGCCCUUAGAUAGCUGGGGCAAAGAAAAGAGAUCAGUCCCUAUCACUCACGUGACCAAAAUGGAGAAACAGUCUCAGAGGCCCCCACCUUCAGCUUCCUUCAGAGCAAGCUUCUCAGAGCACACCGCAACCACUCCGGCCAACUCCUCAACCACCCCCAGUCUUCAGACCCCCCUCUCUUUAAGGAAAACAUCCAAGUUGCCUCCCCUCAGUUCUCACAUCUACCAAUCCCUGUCCAUCAAUUUCCCUGUGCCAAUGGAGGCUCUAGCUUAACCCAGGACCGCCCAGAGGUCUCUGGCUUUUGCACAUGUCUGUUGAAGGUCAUAUUUUCAAAUAAUUAAAUCUUUGAUCCUUUGCUACAGCCCUUUCUAAAUCCUGUUAACCUGAGUAGGGUAGAGAUUGGAAUAAUUAAAUUUUGUCUUAGGCUGCAGCCCUUACUCAAUUCUGUUAGGACUGAAUAGGGUGGAGAUUGAUUCCAAGUAUCUCCAUUGUAUCAAUUCUAAAAUCAAUCAUGACUCAAAGAACUUCCUGUUCUAUGCUUAAGCAUAGGUCAAAGUCCUUUCCAUUGUUCAGCAAAAGGUUUCUGUCCUAAAGUAAUCUUAAGAAGGGAGGGAGAGGAACCUCCCAUGCCAAUGGGGUUCACAUUCCAAUAGCCAAGACGCACUAUCAAUAGGAAAUUUUUCAAGUAUGAAAUUUCCCAAUGGUGAAAUUUCCAACAUUUAUAAGUCUAAGGAAUUUUAGGGUUUACACCUCUUACAAAUACCUCCUUAAAGGUCACCAUCCCCAUUCCCCAGGACAUGAUCACAACAGCCCAACCUGCCAGAAAGUGCUUCCUAAUACAUAUCCAUCAUCUCCUGGGUGCUGGGGAGCUCCCUGGUCCUUCUCUUUACCUUGACUCCAUGCAGAAUCAACUCAGAGGAUGCCUCAAAGCAUAUCAUUUUAGAAAACCCUAGUUUUCUGCCGAGGAAAACCAUUUAGCUUCCCAUUUAUUUGUCAGAAACAGAGUAAAACCUGCUCUAAUAAGUAUUUUAGGGAAAAUGUCCAAAAUAGAUUUUUGUGUAUGAGAAAUACAAUUGAGAAGAAAAAAGAAAAGAAGCACAAUUAACUGAGAUCUUUUACAAGAGCAAAUGGUGUGGUAAAAUGGUAAGCCACCGUGGAGAGCCUCCUGAGCUCUUGGCUCAUCCAGACAAAAGUCUGAUUUUGAGAUCUAAACUAUUUUAGGCUUGUUUUGCUCUCACUGAGAGUUUACUCUGGGAAAUCUCCAGAUAUAGUGUAUGUGCAGGUUUCCAAAAACAGAAUGUCAUAGUAGCUAGGGCAUUGGAUACCCUGAGGUCAAACCCUAUCUUCUGUACUCAUUAGCUGUAUGGGAUCAUGGAUAGUCCCAUAAUGUCUUUGUGCCUCAGUCUCAUUUGUAAAUUGAAUAGAUUAAGUUCCUUCCAGUUUUAAAUCUAUGAUUUUAUGAAUGUAACCAAAGGAACCUCUAGUUCUUAUAUGCACAUUCAAGAUAGUAAGGACAGGAUUUCCUUUAUUUCACUCCCCAGAAAAUGCAAUGUACUCAUUUGUUGUUCAGUCAUUUUCAAUCUUGUUUGACUCUUCUUGACCUCAUUUGAUGUUUUCUUUGCAAAGAUACCAGAAAGUUAUUACUUCUCCAGUUCAUUUUACAGUUGAGGAACUGAGGCAAACAGGGUCAAGGGACUUGCCCUUAAGUGUCUGAGGCCAGAUUUGAAUAGAGGAAGAUGAAUAUUCUUGAUCCUAGGCCCAACACUCUAUCCAUUGUGCCACCUAGCAGCCCACAAUUGCAUUCUCCCUCACUUCUACUGAGCCUUGUCUUUCCACAAGAAGCCUAAAGUCCUUCCAAUUUAGUACUACCAUGUUUGGUAUCCUCUCAGAAGAACUUUAAAUUUGGGGUUUCUGGCAAGACAUUAAACACUGUUGGCCAUCUCCAUUGAAAGGGCUCCUAAACCAGCCAAUAGUGCAUGUAGAACACCCUUCUCUGUGUUUCCAUGUUCUCCACAGAAAAUGGAACAAGAAAUUCUAUCCAUCUUUUGUUACAAUCUUGGCAAACAAGAUCCACAGCAUUCCUCAAGUGGCCUAAUUUAGUAAUCCCAAGAAAGGGCCACUAGGGUAUUCUGGCAUAAUCUGUUUGGAGGAGGCAAAGCCUCUGGGAUCACUGUCUGGCGAGGGAGACACAUUCUAGAAUCUUUCUGGGAAAUGAAACCAACUCUCCUGACCUAAAGUGGAUGAUCCCACUUUCUCCUCAUUUUUUUUAAACAAAGGAAUGAAUGAAUGGAAAAGCAGCUAAGCACUUAAUUUAUGGUGGGAAUUGUGCUCAAUUCCAGAUGCAGAGAGAGCAAGAUGGUUCCUUUAUUCUAGAAGACAAGAUCAGAUAAAGGGGGUUGGGAUGGAGAGGAAGGAGCUACAUGGAGUGAAAGUUCACCUAUUAGAGCCCAGGAUCCAAGGGUAGCAACCCAGGUUCUCAGGGAGGGAGAAGAUGGCCAGUGGGCAGGGCAUAAGGUUGGAAAAUAAGCUUGUCUUUCUCCAUUCUUGUACAAUGACAUGAAACUUUGCCAAAUGAUUAUAAUACCAUGGGAGAAACUUGAAAAAUGUUUUUUAGAUAAAGGAUGAUUGGAGUCUUUCUUUUUAAUUAACAAGAAAAGGGAUAAUUAAAAAAAAAAACCCAACCACUUUGGCUGUCAAUUUUUCUACCAGGGUAAAUAAUUCUGUACAUAAAUGCAAAUAUACUAAAAGAUAUAAGAUACCGGCCUUAGCUUGCAUUGAUUUAAUUGUGCUUCAUGGCUUACUUAUCGAAUUAGUUGUCUCUUUAAAAAAGCCAUUUUUUUUUGUCAGUAGUAACAUAUAAUCAUUGAUCCUUUGGGAUCCCUAGAACAGAAAUGAAAUGUCUGAUCCUUGUGCCCAGACGGGGAUUGUCAGCAGAUAAGUAAAUUCUCUCUGUAAGCAAGAUCGUAUAAAGGGAAGAGCCUUCAUCCCCAUUGGUUGGAGAGGAAGGCCAGAGAAUGUUUCUAGACGGAUGCAAAGGAUUCCAAGAGAGGAAGGGGUGGAGGUACUAUGGCAUUCCAAAAAGGGAAAGGAGGUGUUUGCUGGAACACUGUGUCCGAGGCAGGGUUCAGGCUGUUGGUACUUGCCCGCCUUCCCAAAUAAGCUCUUUGGAGGCAAGGGCUGGCGCUCAUUAUCCGGUGCUCUCAUUCCCCAGAGCUCUUGCUGCACUGUUCGGGUUCCAGACGGUGGGCGGGAGCCAGGACUGGCUACAUGAGCAAGUCCCAUAGCCUGUAAAGAAGGUGCUCGCUUGCACUGACAAGGGGUUUCAUGGUCUGGAAAUCCACCGGCCCGAGCCCGAGCCCCUCCUUAUACUCGCGGGCUCACACGUCCCUCACACAGUCAGGACGAAAUAAGGCAGUGAAGAUGGCUUCUCCAGGGACGGCCUGGGGGCUGGACAGGAGCUUGGGCAGAUGCUGGGGCUGGACGCUUGGAUACACGGAGGUUGCGCAUGUUCAGGGCCAGCACAUCACUGCAUGGGUUGGGACACAUCUGGGUGAUGUACUGGGGGGCACAGACCAAAGUGGGGGGGGGCUCCAUUUCCCCCUCCGACCUCCCUGCCCCGGACAGCUCCAGGUCCAGCAGUUCCAGCCAGCAAGGGCCCCUGGCUGUGACCGCCGGUCAGCCAAGGCCUCUAGGGAGCAGAACAGCUGUGGCCCAGACUUCUCUCAGGGACCGACCUUGGCCUUGGCCCCAAACCGCGCGACCGGCGGACACGUGCCGCUCCCGUGGCGCGCGCUCAACACGCAUGCGCCCUUCCCUCUUCCUUGUUGACCUCACGCCUUUUUGGGUCCUGUCCUCACCCCUAAGGCCCCACUGAGGUGGGGGUGGCGAUCAGGGCGGUCAGAGGGUAUGCAGAAGCUGGCGCGGAACAGCGAGGGAGGCGGGGGUGGGGAGUCGCACCUCCAAGGGGGAGGCUAGGCGAGCAGGCAGUGGAAAGGGCAACCCCAGGGGGUGGGGUCCUGAGCGCUGGGGCCCUUGGGCGGCGCGUUUGCGCGUGCGUGCGUUCCGCAGCGCCUGUCCUGCCUUCUCCUCUUCUUUUGCGGUGACAUUGGACGCUGAGCCAGGGACAAGACGCAAAGGAGCUAAGAAGCGAGGGAACGAACGUAGCCGCCGAGUCCCACUGCAGCCGCCGCUAUGUUUCGUAUGAUCAUCAACCAGGCCAAGAAGCACCCCAGCCUGAUCCCCCUGUUCCUGUUUAUCGGGGCUGGGGGUGGAGGGGCCACACUCUACGUGAUGCGUCUGGCACUCUUCAACCCUGAUGUCAGCUGGGACAGGAAGAACAACCCUGAGCCUUGGAACAAGCUGAAUCCCACUGAUCAGUACAAGUUCUACUCGGUCAAUGUGGACUACAGCAAGCUGAAGAAGGAAGGGCCGGAAUUCUGAGUGAGCCCCAGGCUGCCGAGCCCCAGUGAAGGUCUUCCAAAAGCCAUCCGCACAAUUCUCCCUCCACUAGGAGAUGCUCCGUCUCCCCUUCCUUUGUAUGCAUGAAUCAUGACAGUGAAUAAAGAUGUGAAACGUG